CAUCCUACCUGGUGAGGAGGUGUAUCGCCUUUCCACACUCGCCCUGCUCCUACUCUGCGGGUGCUGAGGAGGGAAGCAAAGUCCUAGUCUGGAGACCGAGCCAGUGCAGAAUCAACAGAGAAAGAGAUCCCGAUGGGUUCUUGGGAAGCUUUUCUCUUCUCCCCUUUUCUUAUGUGGAGUCAAAGUAGAGGGGUGAGAUUGAUGUUUUUAUUACUGACCCUGCAUUUAGGAAACUGUGUCGAUAAAGUAGAUGAUGAAGAUGAUGAGGAUUUAACAGUGAACAAAACAUGGGUCUUGGCACCAAAAAUUCACGAAGGAGAUAUUACACAAAUUCUCAACUCACUGCUUCAAGGCUAUGACAAUAAGCUUCGUCCAGAUAUAGGAGUGAGGCCUACAGUAAUAGAAACUGAUGUUUAUGUAAACAGCAUUGGACCAGUUGAUCCCAUAAAUAUGGAAUAUACAAUAGAUAUAAUUUUUGCCCAAACCUGGUUCGACAGUCGACUGAAGUUCAAUAGUACGAUGAAAGUGCUCAUGCUUAAUAGUAAUAUGGUUGGAAAAAUUUGGAUUCCUGACACUUUCUUCAGAAACUCGAGAAAAUCUGAUGCACACUGGAUAACGACUCCUAAUCGUCUGCUGCGAAUUUGGAACAAUGGACGCGUUCUUUAUACCCUACGAUUGACAAUUAAUGCAGAAUGCUAUCUGCAGCUCCAUAACUUUCCCAUGGAUGAACACUCCUGUCCGCUGGAAUUUUCAAGCUAUGGAUACCCUAAAAACGAAAUUGAGUAUAAAUGGAAAAAGCCUUCUGUAGAAGUGGCUGAUCCUAAAUAUUGGAGAUUAUAUCAAUUUGCAUUUGUUGGCUUAAGAAACUCAACUGAAAUUGCUCACACAAUCUCUGGGGAUUAUGUUAUUAUGACAAUUUUUUUUGACCUGAGCAGACGAAUGGGAUACUUCACUAUUCAAACCUACAUUCCAUGUAUCCUAACAGUUGUUCUCUCUUGGGUGUCUUUUUGGAUUAACAAAGAUGCAGUACCUGCGAGAACAUCACUGGGUAUCACUACAGUAUUGACUAUGACAACCCUGAGUACAAUUGCCAGGAAGUCUUUACCUAAGGUUUCUUAUGUGACUGCGAUGGAUCUCUUUGUUUCUGUUUGUUUCAUUUUUGUUUUUGCAGCCUUAAUGGAAUAUGGAACCUUGCAUUAUUUUACUAGCAACAAAAAAGGAAAGACUACUAGAGAUAGGAAGAUGAAAAACAGGGCCUUGGUGUCCCCUGGUGUCCAUGCUAGCUCCACUCUGAUUCCAAUGAACAGCAUUGCUCUGCCGCAAGGAGAGGAUGACUAUGGCUAUCAGUGCUUGGAGGGCAAAGAUUGUGCCAGCUUCUUCUGCUGCUUUGAAGACUGCAGAGCAGGAUCCUGGAGGGAAGGAAGGAUACACAUACGCAUUGCCAAAAUUGACUCCUAUUCUCGAAUAUUUUUCCCAACUGCUUUUGCCCUGUUCAAUCUGGUUUAUUGGGUUGGCUACCUUUACUUAUAAAUUUCAUGACUAGACCAAAAUUAUAAUUCCAAGCUAAUCCAAUUUAAGCAGUUGUACUUCAGUAACAAGAAGUUAAAACUUAAAGUUCAAAGAAAGCAGUGUUUCAAAUACAAACAGCAUUGUGACUAUUUUUAGGUUUCUUUAGGUAAAUAAAAUAUCAGCUUUGAGAUUCAUUUACCUAAAUUUACAUGAAACUUAUGACUUGUUAAAUCCAAUAUAAAUACUAUUAUAUGUUUUAUUUUCUUUAUGUUACUUACAUUCUAUUAUAAUUUGAAACUUACAAAUUCUGUGAUAUA